GGAGGGCUAGGGUGGGGGGGAAGCGGGAGACAUGGCUCUGGCUCGACGCGGCUGGCGGCCGUUUCCUCCGCGCUGUGGCGUCGGGCCUCGGGCCCGCCGGCUUUUGAGACCCCUCUGCUUGCUCCUCGCAGUUGGCUUCUUUGGCUGGGCCGGAGCUUCGGACGGCGGCGCUGGCGGAGCGACCAGAGCCAUGGACGAGGAGAUUGUGUCUGAGAAGCAAGCGGAGGAGAGCCACCGGCAGGACAGUGCUAACCUCCUCAUCUUCAUCCUGCUGCUCACCCUCACCAUCCUGACGAUCUGGCUCUUCAAGCACCGCCGGGCCCGCUUCCUGCAUGAAACUGGCCUGGCUAUGAUUUAUGGUCUUUUGAUGGGUCUUGUACUUCGAUAUGGCAUUCAUGUCCCAAGUGAUGUAAACAAUGUGACUCUCAGCUGUGAAGUCCAGUCUAGUCCAACUACUUUGUUGGUAAACGUUAGUGGAAAAUUUUAUGAGUACACGCUGAAAGGAGAGAUUAGUUCACAUGAACUCAAUAAUGUUCAAGAUAAUGAAAUGCUUAGAAAGGUUACUUUUGAUCCAGAAGUAUUUUUCAACAUAUUACUUCCUCCUAUCAUAUUUUAUGCAGGUUAUAGUCUGAAAAGGAGACAUUUCUUUCGGAACCUGGGGUCUAUCUUAGCAUAUGCUUUUCUUGGAACAGCAAUUUCUUGUUUUGUUAUUGGGUCCAUAAUGUAUGGCUGUGUAACGCUGAUGAAAGUAACUGGACAACUCGCCAGAGAUUUUUACUUUACAGAUUGUCUGCUGUUUGGUGCCAUUGUAUCAGCAACUGACCCAGUGACUGUUCUUGCCAUAUUUCACGAGCUUCAAGUUGAUGUUGAACUUUAUGCACUUCUUUUUGGUGAAAGUGUCCUCAAUGAUGCUGUUGCCAUAGUGCUGUCUUCGUCAAUAGUGGCGUACCAGCCUGCUGGAGACAACAGCCACACCUUUGACGUAACGGCUAUGUUCAAGUCUAUUGGGAUCUUCCUUGGGAUCUUCAGUGGAUCUUUUGCCAUGGGUGCUGCUACUGGAGUGGUGACAGCUUUAGUGACAAAGUUCACUAAGUUGCGUGAGUUCCAGUUGCUGGAGACAGGCUUGUUCUUCUUGAUGUCCUGGAGCACCUUCCUCUUGGCUGAAGCUUGGGGUUUCACAGGUGUGGUUGCAGUAUUGUUUUGUGGCAUCACACAAGCACAUUAUACAUACAAUAAUUUGUCCACAGAAUCUCAGCACCGAACAAAACAGUUGUUUGAGCUUCUCAAUUUCCUGGCAGAGAAUUUCAUCUUCUCCUACAUGGGGCUCACGCUCUUCACUUUCCAGAACCAUGUCUUUAUCCCAACGUUUGUAGUAGGAGCAUUUAUUGCUAUUUUCCUGGGAAGAGCUGCCAAUAUUUACCCCUUAUCUCUGUUACUUAAUUUGGGUAGAAGAAGUAAGAUUGGAUCAAAUUUUCAACACAUGAUGAUGUUUGCUGGCCUUCGUGGUGCAAUGGCAUUUGCUUUGGCCAUUCGAGACACUGCCACUUACGCACGCCAAAUGAUGUUCAGCACCACACUUCUGAUUGUGUUUUUUACUGUGUGGGUAUUUGGUGGCGGUACCACGGCCAUGUUGUCAUGCUUACACAUAAGGGUUGGUGUUGACUCAGACCAAGAACAUUUGGGUAUUCCUGAAAAUGAAAGGAGAACUACCAAAGCAGAGAGUGCUUGGCUGUUCCGGAUAUGGUACAACUUUGAUCAUAACUACCUGAAGCCUCUACUCACUCACAGUGGGCCGCCUCUCACUACCACCCUCCCAGCGUGCUGCGGGCCCAUCGCCAGAUGCCUCACCAGCCCCCAGGCCUACGAAAACCAGGAGCAAUUGAAAGAUGAUGACUCUGAUCUUAUUCUCAACGACGGUGAUAUCAGUUUGACAUACGGAGAUUCUACUGUGAGCACUGAAUCAGCAGCAUCCAGUAUCCCGAGGAGAUUUAUGGGCAACAGUUCUGAAGACCCCUUAGAUCGAGAGCUUACCUUUGGGGACCAUGAACUGGUCAUUCGUGGGACACGCCUGGUUCUUCCAAUGGAUGAUUCUGAACCCGCAUUAAAUUCACUAGAUGAUACGAGACACAGCCCAGCCUAAGCUUACCAACACUCACUUAGUGGUUUGUAAAAUUUGCACAUGUGAUUGUGAAGAAAUUUGUACUACCUAAAAAGUCCUAGUGCAUGUCUCUGAAUGUGUAAGCUAUAUAAAUGCUAUUUAUAUGGCAUAGGAAGAAUAUAAAUAUCCUCUACAAGGCAGAUUGUGAACAAACUAUUCUUUUCAGUUUUGUUGGCUGUGCUGUGUAGGCUGGAUCUGUUUUAGGAAGUUACUUUCUCAGUGAUGUGUGUUCUGUUAGGUUUAUGUCUCAGUUAAAGUAUAAGAAGUGAUGGAUUUAACUCUUCCUUGUAGUUACCUGACACUUAACCAGAGUACCAACUUCUUGUGAUGUGAAUUAAUGUGUGUGUGUGUGUGUGUGUGUGUGUGUGUGUGUGUGUGUGAUUGGUGGGGGGGGAGAGGGAAGGAGUGUCAUUUCCUAGGGAACCCAGAUGGAGAGUUCCUUUGUCAGGACACUUGAUUGCUGCUGCCUUUAUCAUCUUUUUCUUUCCCUUUCCUCUGGUGGGCCAUAAUGGCACAUGGAGCUGAUAGCAUUUUGGUUUUGCCCUAUUCAGGUUGAGGAGUUAAGUAUGGGCUGUUUUUCCCUGUCAUGUGAAAGGACAGAUUCAUUAACUCCAGCAUUCUGCUGUCCAAAAGAAGGUGGCAAACGACCCCCAAGACCCUAUUGUUUUCCUUUCAGCCCAAGACCGUAGGCAUUACAUCCAGCCAGCUUAGCCAAAGUAUGGGUGUGUAUAGUUCAGAGAGCUUGAUUUGGAGGGGCUGGGACAAAAAAGGAGAGGGGUCAGAGGGCAAAAAGGGAGUAAAGAGGAUGAUGGGGUCAGAGGUCUCUCUUCCCAAAUAUGUAAAUAUUCUACAUCAUAUGAGUUUAAAUAAGAAAGUGAAUUGCUGCUUAAUUUUUGAUGACGUCCUUUAUCUGUAUAGGAAGCUUUGCUGUCACAAGUUUUUAUAUCAAUCUAAAUUGCUGCUCUUUAGCAGCCAAACAGGAGCAAAAUGUAAAAUUUAUAAACUUAACGUAUCUAAUUCUCAUUUGUUAGUCUGUAGUUGAUGUCAAAAGUUAAUUUAUGAAUCCAUGAUUGUCCCAUACUACACCAAAGGCAGUGGGAAGACACACAGAGUGCUCCGGACUGUUUGUUGUAAGGUGGCUCCUUUGUGUGCAGUGGGCAUAUCGUCUUCAUUGAUAUGUUCCCCUUUACGGUUCAAUACCUAAGCCAUGUUAUUGUUUUACAGUUUUCAAGGAGGAGCACAGAGCAAUUUUCUAUUUCCUCUCCGUAAUAGGAAAGUGGAUUCUAUUUUAUCAUGCUGAAAAAAAAAUACUUAAAGCUUGGAAGGGGAAUAUUUUCUGACGUGGAUUCUGACCUGAUAGUGAUUCUGACUUUAAAUAGAUAACUUUGAAUAGAAGUUAAAUAGGUUCUUCCCACCUAUACAUGCCCAGAUCUGAGUAGCUUUGCCUUAAGUCCUAUCCAAUUAGAAAAUAAUUUCAUUUCUAUGGUUUUCCAAUUUUCCGUUGAAAAAUAUCCUUUCAGACAAAACAUACACUUACUCUCUGUGCUUUUAUAAACACUCCUUGAGAUUUUAAGGGAAUUGUAAUGUUGACACGUAGUAGUAGCCUUGAAUGUUGGCAUAGCCAUUUGUUAGGUAGUGGUAGCAACUUUCCUGCUAUGCAGGAAUUUCUCCUGUGAAGUGUACGUUUUCUAUGACAUGUGCCUCUUCAUGAAGUAAAUAAUUUCUUGUUAAUGUACGUUUGAGGGGCUUUUGAAUGUCAACAUUUCUCUACAAGGUUCUUCAAGUUGUAAAAGGUUAUAUAAUAAUUUAACUAUUACUUUUUUUAUUCUGUCAAGUUACUGAGCUCACUUUAUGACAAAUGGCUGUAAAUAUUUAGCAUGACAAAUUCCGUAACUCAUCUAUUUCAGCAUGUGUAAGACCUCUCGUUAGACAAACCAGUACAGCUUGAGUCCACUAAAUCUGCCUUUGGUACUUUCUCAAUGGGGAAUGAAGCCUGCUGUGCUUCCAUUAGCCUCUGGGAAUUUUCCUCUCUAGUCCGUGCACACAUCUCCAUGCAAAGAAGAAAAAAACAUCUCUGCUCAGACACCCAUUGCACUGAGGCACCUACCUGAGUAAACUUUGGUCAAGUACAGUCUGAGUUAUCAUCAUGCACACAUAGAACUACUCUUGGACCUGUUUUUCUGUUGUUCGUGGAACCUACAUGUUUGAUUGACUUGAACGUUGCAUCUUUUAAAGUUGUUUUUACAGGUCUUUUGGCAUUUAUUCUAAUUGUCCGUGUUUGGCAAUGUGCUGUUAAAGUAAUAGACUUUUAAUCUUUAUGUAUUUUUUGUUUUCCCUUGGAGUACUUGGACAGAUGUUAUAGUGGUUUCUUUUAGGAAAAUCUGUCAUUAAAAAAAUUAUAGCCUUGCAAA